AUGGCUGCUAAUGAGAGAAUACGCGGACUACAAGUAUACAGACCCAUCAUAUACGGCUCACACGCUCGACUACUCACAGAGCAAGAAAAAGAAUUAGCUCCAGCGGGCCACACCCACAGAUGGACCGUCUUCCUCACGUCUGCCACAUCCCCACCGCCAGAGAUACCCCCUUCAUCCAAUGUCGCGCCGCCUGAGACGGACAUGGACUACCUUCCAGGCGGGGCGGAUGAUUUGAGCUACUUGAUCAAGAAGGUCACGUUUAGGUUACAUGAAACGUAUACGAACCCCGCGCGAGUCUUCGACAAGCCGCCCUUCAAGGUCACAGAGACAGGAUGGGGUGAAUUCACCGUCACUAUCCGGGUCCAAUUCGUCCCCGAAUCAGGCGAGAAGCCUAUGAACCUCGCACACCCCAUCAAGCUACAUCACUGGGGUCCACCCAUCGAAGCUUCGCCCGUCGUCGCUCCCCCAGCUCCAGAAACGCAACCGAGCGAGGCUGGACCCUCCGAAGCGGCGGCUCCGACACCAUCACCACUCCCGGCGGGUUCCGUACCGUCAAUACCUACCAUCAACGAGCCGGAAAGCGCCGUCCCCGCUCCUGCCGCCGGGGACGGGGACGGUAUGGUCGUCGACCCCUCUCCCUCUGUUCCCCCACCUUCCGUCGCACCCAUAACGGAAGACCCCUCCACACCCCUCCAGGCGACAGUCGUCGCCGCUACCACCCCUAUCUCCAUCGCGGCGCGCUACCCCGUCCAUUCAUGGCAAUACGACGAACUCGUCUUUUCCGACCCCUCCGCCGCAUUCCUUUCCCUGCUCAACGAGCAUCCCCCGUCCGCCCUUCCCCCGCGAAACCGGCGCGCCCGGGACCAGCGAGAAGAGUUUGAUAUCCGGAAAGGCAAGAAGGGGCGCAAGAGCGUCAAUGGCGGUCCCCUCGCUGUAGACGGAGGAAGCAGGACGCUCGGACCGACGCCCAGUCACAGUCGGGAGCCCACGGCGGCCUCAACGUCAGGCGAGGCGGUGACGGGUUUGGCGGCGCUGGCGAAGGAGGGAAUUCCGGGAGAGGCGGGAUCGGCGGAUGUACCGCUCGAGUUCUCGCAGGAGAUGGAGAAGGGGGAAUGGAAUCGGCUGAACGAGGCGAGGAUACGGAUAGUGGAGGAGAUGGAUAAUUGGAGGGUGAAGUUGAUUGCGCAGGAGAAGGAAUUGGCCAAGGUCAAGGAGGAGAUGAGGGCGGUGACAUAG